AUGCCUCUUGCUCUAUACUGUCGGGAGUGUGCUCUCAACUUUGAGAGUUUACCUGAAAAAGAGAAACAUAACGAGGAUGUACACUAUGGCUUUGCUCAACCUUACCCUGAAAUUUCUGAGAAAGAGUUUGAACUUAUGAGUUCAUGGAAUACCCACAAACUUGUUCAUCAUUGUCCCGUCUGUUUCCGCCAUUUUCGUGUCAUCAACCAUCUCAUCGAACACCUCACCACGUCUCAUCCUAUUCGCUGUCUCAAUAAUCCAUUGGCUCAAACAUCGAAAGAAGUUGUGGAAAACUAUUGGAAAUUACUGGACCAUGUGCUCCCUGGUGAGCGUGCUAAUAGCAUGCGUCUUUGGAAGGCUGAUACUGUUUCAAAGAAAUGUCCUUACUGUCCCACCUAUAACCCCGCUCUUCGUCUGACUUAUAAUCAUAUCCGCUGCUAUCAUCAUCGUCGAGGAAACAAUAUCCCACUACCAGCCUAUGAGAAAUAUCUCCGAUGGAAAGACCACGUAGAAAAUCUCUAUCCUGGACAGCUGAAGAAGAUGGACGAGGAAUUCAUCUACGGCCAUGGUAUCCUAGAUCAACCACAAGAGGAGGACUUUGACGCUAUUUUCCUUGAAUCAUUUCCAUUUUGA